UUUCCUACAUUUCGGAUUAUCCGACUUCCACCUCAAUAUCUCAAACAAUGCCGUGUCUAAGUUUUUAUUACGUCAUACAGUUUAAUUAUACGAGCCUUGGCUGGGUUCCAUAAGGCAUCAGCUAAAGACAAUCCACCGUGACGAGAAGUCGUCUCGACCAAAAAAAAAAACUUGCAAACUCGAUUCUGUGCUCAAAUCAUUGGUAACCAGCCGCUUGCCAACUUAACACGCAUACGUUCCAUUUUUGAAAAUAUUAAUAUAUCUUUAAUCCAUAAUGAAUCUGCGAUUGCACGUAUUUUUCGGCCAGUUGUUGUGGUUAGUGGCGGUUCUGAACGGCAAGACUCUACAGGGUGUUCCAGGUUACGGAAGGAACCUUAUCAUCAAAACAUUACCGGCCAUAGAAGAUUACCAAAGCAACGUUUACGAAGUGUUUAUGGAGCCUUAUUUGUAUGAUCUCCACAGACCCCCACCGUACCCCAUCGCAGGGAACCGCGCUGAGAAACAGAUCGACUUAGCUGGGUUCAAAUCCCUCCAGGCUCCCAGAUCGGCGCCCGGUCUCCAAGCUGUAGUGAACCUGCAAGCUGACGAGGAAUCAGGAGUGGAAGGCGAGCUGGUAUUCACUCAAAUUGUCCCUAAUGGCCCCGUGACUAUUGAGGGCAACAUCACUGGUCUGGCCGCUGGACUACACGGGAUCCACGUGCACCAGAGUGGAGCUGUCAAGGACAACUGCAAGGAUAUUGGCCCUCAUUUCAUUGCUUAUUACGGACGUCACGGUGGUCCCCGAGACCCGAUUCGUCACGUGGGCGACCUCGGCAACAUCAAGGCUGAAGAUGGCGCCACAGUCAACGUGAAGAUCGUCGACCACCUCAUCUCGUUAGCUGGCCCCCGGUCUAUAGUGGGUCGAUCGCUCGCCAUAUCUAGGGACGAGGACGACUACGGCCGAGCGAGCACGGAGGACAGCACUCUGACCGGCACCUCUGGACCCGCUGUGGCUUGCGGAAUUAUCGGAUAUUUGAACUAGCAUUUUGUAUUUUAAUAAAGUUAUUAUUUUAUUA